GGGGUCGGUCCGGGAGAGCAUGGCCGCAGGAUCCUGAGCGCUGCAGACUUGCUUUGGUUCCUUCACAUCGAUAAGAGCGCUUCUCGUGCUGCUCGUCAGGGGACAUUUAACCCGGAGAUUGUGUGCGUCUACGCGCGGCGGAGAGGUUUGAUUUACUGCGUACGCUGUUGUUCGGCAGUGCAGCCGCGGGUUCAGCCGGAGCUGAAGCCGCUUGGUUUGUGUCUCCUCUUCUUCUUCUUCUUCUUCUUCUUUUUGGCGUCUUGGUGAUUCACAGCGAACAGGAGGAGAGAUCCUGAGCUGCAGAGAGCGACGGUACAAGAACUGCGUGUCUGCUGUCUUUAUCUUUGCACUGUGGAACAUUUAUUGUAUGUUUAUUUCUUUAUUUUUCCACUGCGUACGCAACACUGCUUGCUGUGUGGGAAAUUCAGUGCGAGUUGGAGAAACUGUUCACUGCGCUGCGCGGAGUUGAGUCGGAGUAAGACUGUUCGUGUCUCAGGCAAAAUUAUAGUGGAUUUCACCGACUUUUUGCUACUCUAAGUAGAACUGGUUUCCAUUCAAGGAGGUCAAAAGUAAACGUUUGGUGCAAAGUAACUGAUCUGACCACCUAAACGCAGACUGAACAAGAACCCGCCGUAAUAAAAGAAAGAUAUCUAAAGCUUCAUUUUUUGUUAGAAACACUGAAGAGGAAGCUACAUCAGUGCGGGAAUAAAAAGCGUGAAUUGGACUCUCAUCCCAGCGCAUCCAUCAGAAUCUUUAAACCUGAACUGGAGCAGGGACACUAAUCACUUUGGCUUCAUCAGAGUUCCACAGCAAAUAUGCCGCAGGUGGAAAUGAUCCUGUUCCUCAUCCUCGUCAUUGGGAUGUGUGUCUACGGCCAGGACCCGGCUUCCAAGGUGGUGUCCGACCGCUACGCCGUUUACUGGAACCGGACCAACCCCAGGUUUUAUCGGGGCGAUUACCACAUUGACGUCUGCAUCAAUGACUACCUUGACGUCUACUGUCCGCACUACACUGGCCCGGUCUCUGACGAACGGGCUGAGCGCUACAUCCUCUACAUGGUGAACUAUGACGGCUACAGCUCGUGUGACCACACGGCCAAGGGCUUCAAACGCUGGGAGUGCAACAGGCCUCUGGCUCCAAAUGGGCCGCUGAAGUUCUCAGAGAAGUUUCAGCUCUUCACUCCCUUCUCCUUGGGCUUUGAGUUUCGCCCUGGCAGAGAGUACUAUUAUAUCUCGUCUAUCACUGACGACAAGGGAAGAAGAAGCUGCCUUCGGCUCAAAGUCUUUGUCAGACCUCAAAACAAUUGUGUGAAAAACUCUGGCAGUGUGCAGGAAGGGGUCGAUUUUGAUGACAACAGUCACAACUCUCUGGAACCCAGAGACGACAUCAGUCACGAGUCACCAGAACCAGCUCGAAGGGAUGUGAACUCCGCUGGUCGGCACCAGACUUCAGUCCUCCUGCUCAGCUCCGCCCUCAUAAUCCUGGCUGCUGUCUUGUCUUUAUAGCGCCCAGUCUGAGGAAACCCCACCCCCUCCCCCCCCCCCCGCCAUCAGACUGUCCUGAUUGGACCACAGGCCGCCCUACCCUGCAACCUCUCCCCUCAAGGAGCACUUUUAAAAAAGAAACACUGACAAUCUCUCUUAGUGAAAAGAGAGAGGAAGGGACUUCAAAACUGAAGCCUUUUUUUUUUCUUUUUUUCUUGUUUAUUUUUUUUUUGACUGGCCAACUAGCAUGAUUCUUGACUUUCUGGUGGGUGCUGAUCGUGGAGGCACCCGGAGAUGAAAGAGGUAGCGUCUCUGAUCUGUUCGCCUUGCUACCAUACACAGUAUGCAGAUAUUAAACAUUUCUUUGCAUUAAAGACAAGCACACAUACAUGCUUUUAAACAUAUACACAUAGAGAACACAAACUACACAAUCAGUACACUCUUUAGCUUGAAUGGCAAAGAAGCACAGCAGGAUCCCUCAAAAGUUUACAGACAUUUAACAUUUCUUGUUUUCAGCAAAACAUCACAUAACCCCCAACUUUGUAACAUGAUUAAAUCUCACGUCAAAAAGUGGAAGAAGUUUCGAAGAAGAUCUAGAAGCGACACAUCACGCGGAGGCUGACGGAAAAAGUGGAUGUUUUUGCGAGGAGGCUGUUGAGAGGGGCGUGAGGGUAGGAGGCAGGACUUUGACGACUUAACCUUCCUCUCAGGUUAAAAAGGAGUCAGAUGCAUCAUGUCGGACUGUGGAGGACCCUUGUUGAGAGUAAAUAAAAAAAGAAAAUUUAAAGAAGCACUCAUCUUUUAGUGUUUGGAUAGGGGCGAUUUAAUGAUCGAUUAAUGUAUUUGUUUUUUAAUAAGUCACGUAAUUCAAUUGUAGCAGCCAACAUGGGUGUACAGUAAAAUAUUUGAACGGAGCGUAGAAGAGGAUAUGGUAUUUUGCCAGGCAAAAUUGUAUUUUCCUAUUUAUUGUGAAGUCCUCGUGCUUUUUUCUGUUCUGGUUUCGUCUGCAAGUCUAGUAGAAAGGCAAUAAAAAGUCAGUACACUUACCAUUAAGUUAGGUCAUGUUACACACAAUUUAUUUGAUACAAUCAUACAAACACACUGAGUAUGAUGUUAUCUAUCUGCUUGAAUUGACUGCUGAUGAUGUUUUUUUUUUGUUUUUUUUGAUGUUGCUUUUUUUUGUAAUUGUUUUUAACAAAGUCCGUGAAGAAAAAAAAACAUCUGAUGUGCUAUCAGGGUGCAGAAAACAUAGAAUAUUUGUGUUUCAAACUUUGUCAUUAAAAAUGUCACAAAUGUAGUUUUACUAUCACACUAUUGCUUUUGUGAAUCACUGUCAUAACACAAGUGUUGUAUAUAGAAGCGAAUUUCCUAAAGUUCAGGGAUGUGUCCAUGCCUAACAUGAGGUUAAAAAAAAAAAAUAAGAUUACUGUUUUUUAAUCGGGAAGGGUUAA